GUUCAACUGUUCUGAAGACUGGAGCCUUAUAAAAACAUCGGGCGUUCACUGACGAUCGUUCAAUCGUCAUUCUCGAUGGCAGCCCAGUGUCGCGAUUUAGAAGGGUGGCGCGUCCUGUCUGUUCUGCGAGAGUUCGACUUUACGCUUUGCUUCGAAGAAGGCGUCAUACUUUCUACUCUUUUGUCUCUUUUCGUCCUUGCGGCAGCCACGAGGGCAUGGCACCUGUUCCGUCGAUCAUCGCGUGACUUAUCUCGCAAAAGUCACCUCAUCUUGCGCGUGAAAGAGGUGCUCUUGGCGUUGGCUUUCGGCGUCAGCGUUACUAAACUUGCCCUCGUUCUCGUGCAAAAGAGAGAAGUGGCGGUAUUAUGGCCUUUUGUCCUAGAACCAAUCGCUUUGCUGUUUGCGGUGCUGUUGACGCAUUUAAACCAUACCCGAACGCGUUCGUCGUCUACCACUCUUCUCUUGUUUUGGCCAUGUUACGCGGCCGGAGUCGCAAUAUGGACAAGGUCAUACACGUGGAAUGGGUUUUCAGGUCAUUCCGUCAUCCUUGGCUCUGAGUGGGCCGUCGUGUUGCUGGGCUUUUUAUCUCUUGCGUUGGAAUCCAAGUCUCCGGAUGAUGCAGCGUCCAAUGUGGCAGAACACCCGACAAUCACAGCUAACAUAUACAGCAUAUGUUCCUUCUCUUGGCUGACCCCUUUGUUAAGAAAAGGGGUCGAUGUUCCUAUUACGGAAGACGAUCUACCUUGUUUAGCUCCCAGCGACGAGUCCGAGAAACUUGGUGAAAAGCUUCAUCGCGCGCUCGGAAAACAUUCGUCGAUUUGGGUAGCGCUGUUUACCACUUAUGGUGGUCCCUAUCUGCUCGCCGGAUGUUUCAAAAUCGUCCAGGACAGUCUAGCUUUUGUACAGCCGCAGCUAUUGCGUUGGUUCUUGCUAUUCAUAACCAAUUAUCAAACUGCAAAAGAUUGGAACUUUAUCGGGGGACCGAGCGCAUUCGAGGGAUUUGCAAUUGCCUUGAUCAUGUUCGUGGCUUCUAUGAUACAGACAGUCAUUGUCCACCAGUAUUUCCAAAUCUGCUUCGAGACUGGCAUGCGUGUGCGCGCUGGGCUGGUAACCAACAUUUACAAGAAGGCGCUUGUUAUCUCUAAUGACGAACGUGGUCGCGCCUCAGGCGACAUCGUGAAUUUGAUGUCUGUCGACGCCUCCAGACUCCAAGAUCUUUGCACGUACGGACUCAUUAUUGUGUCUGGGCCAUACCAGAUCACCCUUGCGUUCAUUUCUUUGUACAAUCUCCUUGGUUGGUCGGCCUUCACUGGGGUUGGGAUCAUGAUCUUUUCUAUCCCUUUGAAUACUAUCAUUGCGCGAUACCUCAAGACGAUGCAAGAAACACAGAUGAAAAAUCGUGACCGUCGCACUCGCCUUAUGAGUGAGCUUCUUGCUAACAUUAAGAGCAUCAAAUUGUAUGCGUGGGAGUACGCGUUCAUGCGUCGCAUUUUACAUGUACGGAAUGAUUUAGAACUCAAGAUGUUGAAGAAGAUAGGAAUCGCUACUGUAAGUGAUGGUGGCUUUCGAGUACUCGUUGCCUUCAGUUCUUUGGCUGUUGCUUCGAUAUUCUCGGAUAAGCCACUUACUGCUGACGUUAUUUUCCCCGCAAUCUCGUUGUUUAUGCUGCUUCAAUUCCCACUUGCUAUGUUCAGCCAAGUUACCUCUAGCGUCAUCGAGGCGAUGGUCUCUGUCAACCGACUGUCCAGCUUUUUGCAUGCAGAGGAACUUCAACAGGACGCAACUACAAGGGUGGAGAAAAGCUCCCUAUCAAGCGGUGAGGUAGUUUUGUCGAUCAAGGGUGGAGAGUUUGCAUGGACGAAGAACGAUGUACAAUCUGUCCUUGAGGAUAUUAACUUGACGGUACGCAAGGGCGAGCUAGUUGGCGUGCUUGGUCGUGUGGGUGCCGGUAAGAGUAGUCUGCUAUCCGCCAUCAUCGGUGAUAUGAGAAAGAUAGAGGGAGAAGUGACGUUAUACGGCAGUGUAUCGUAUGCUGCUCAGAAUGCUUGGAUUAUGUCGGCUACUGUUCGAGACAAUAUCUUAUUCUCCCAUGAAUAUGAUGAAGUCUUCUACAAUCUUGUUGUUGAAGCUUGCGCCUUGAAACCGGACUUAGUACUUCUUCCACAGGGUGAUCUAACCGAGGUCGGCGAAAAGGGUAAGUCCGUUUUGAGUGGUGGCCAGCGUGCUCGGGUCGCCCUCGCACGGGCUGUUUACGCACGGGCGGAUCUGGUGCUACUCGAUGACGUUCUGGCUGCUGUCGAUGCUCAUGUCGCACGACACGUGUUUGAUAAUGUGAUUGGCCCUCAAGGCCUUCUCGCUACAAAGGCUAGAAUCUUGCUUACCAAUAGCGUCGCAUACCUGAAGUACUUUGACGAACUUGUAUACCUUCGCCGCGGCAUCAUUCUAGAACAGGGCCCCUUCUCUGUGCUCAUGGCAAACCCAGAUAGUGAAGUACGGAAGCUGGUUCAAAACUAUGCAGCCAACGGUUCGUCUUCUGGUACGACGACACCUCAUGCGAGCGGCUUCGCGACGCCGGCAUUGAGUGAGGGUGAUGAUCCAACUUUAUUGGCAGAGGCAGAAGUCGUGACGGAGAAGGUUAUCGUCCGUCGACAGAGUUACACCAGGGCUUUGGUUGCUCCUAUUCCUUCUGUUCGUGAGCCGUCUUCUACUGGUCUCUCCAAGGAGCACAGUGAACAGGGUCGUGUCAAGAAAGAGGUUUAUCUCCAGUACAUGCAAGCAGCAUCCAAGACUGGGUUUUUCUUUUUGGUUCUGGCGAUUACUCUCCAACAAGUGGUAUCGGUGAUGUCGACGUACAUGCUCCGCUUAUGGGGAGAGCACAAUCGCCAGUUGGGAAAGAACCUUGGACUACGUGAUCCUUAUUUGCUAGGGUAUGGGCUUGCCAACCUCGCAAGUAUCGGCUUGGGUGCGACGGGUGCACUGCUUCUUUGGGUGUACUGUACACUGCGAAGUUCCAAGUACCUUCAUGAUUCGAUGUUGGACUCCGUUCUUCAUGCACCGUUGUCGUUCUUUGAUUUGACACCUAUUGGAAGGAUAAUGAAUCUAUUCUCUCGGGACAUUUAUGUCGUCGACCAGGUUCUUGGGAGAGUGAUCAUGAAUCUCCUCAGGACCUCAGCCAUUUGCAUUUCUAUUAUCCUUGUCAUCACGUUUAGUUUCCCGCCUUUCAUGUUAGUUGUGCUCCCUCUGACAUGGUUCUAUGUUCGGGUGACCCUCUAUUAUCUGGCUACCUCACGUGAGCUGAAACGCCUUGACGCAGUUUCCCGCUCCCCAAUCUUUGCGUGGUUUUCGGAAUCACUUGCCGGUCUCUCUACGAUUCGCGCGUUUAACCACCAGCCUAUUUUCAUUGCUAACAAUGCCCGUCGUCUUGACCGCAACCAGAUGUGCUACCUUCCGAGUGUGUCCAUCAACCGCUGGCUAGCUGUCCGCCUUGAGUUUGUUGGGUCCGUUAUCAUUCUCUGUGCUGCUCUGUUCGCUGUGAUGGCUGUGAUGAAGAGCAAUGUUGACGCGGGGCUCGUUGGGUUGGUGUUGUCCUAUGCGUUGAACACUACGGGUGCCCUGAAUUGGCUUGUCCGUUCGGCGAGUGAGGUGGAGCAAAAUGUGGUUAGCGUCGAACGUAUUAUCCACUACGCGAAGGGUCUACCGUCGGAGGCUCCAUUUGAGUUACUAGACAAGAAACCACCUUGCGGAUGGCCCGCUGCCGGCAAGGUAGAGUUCUGUGAAUAUUCGACGAGGUAUCGUCCCGAGCUGGACUUCGUUUUGAAGGACAUAUCAAUCACAAUUAAUCCUAGCGAAAAGAUUGGAAUUUGUGGCAGGACAGGGGCUGGGAAAUCUUCCCUCCUCCUUGCGUUAUUCCGCAUUAUUGAACCCUGCAGUGGUAAAAUUCUGAUCGAUGGCGUUGAUAUUACCAAGAUUGGCUUGCAUGACUUCCUGACCUUGUUUGAGGGCACUCUUCGCGAGAACAUAGAUCCUUUGGGUGAACACCAAGACGUUGACAUCUGGACUGCAUUACAACAUGUGCACCUCAAGUCCUAUGUGGAGGAUCUGCCCGAAGGUCUUGAUUCACCCGUACAGGAGGGGGGUGCGUCGCUCUCCGCUGGACAAAGGCAGCUGUUAUGUUUUGCGAGGGCACUCUUGUACAAGUCGAAAAUACUGGUUCUUGACGAAGCUACAUCGGCUGUCGAUCUUGAUACCGACUCUGAGAUUCAAGACAUCAUUCGAGGUCCCACGUUCAAUGAUGUUACCAUCUUAACUAUUGCGCACCGGCUGAACACAAUCAUCGAUUAUGACCGCAUAUUGGUUCUUGCGGAGGGUUCUGUUGCUGAGUUUGACUCUCCAACAAUACUAUUGGCUGACAAGUCAUCUCAUUUCUAUGUGAUGGCGCAUGAGGCUGGGCUCAUUCAGGAUGAGGGACCUGAGAGGGUCGAAACUUGAACGAUUGUAGUGCUGGCUGUGAGAAAAAAUGGAUGGGUGGUGUAUUGAGAUAGAUGCAAUGGUGUGACAUGGGUAUAAUUCUGUGUAGUUGUUUUGCUCCUAGAAGAUAAUAGUAUAUUGCUGCUGGAAAGCUGCUCACACUGGUGGUUCAAUGUUAUCAAUGCUCUAAAGAGGAUUCCAAAUCGAAAACAG